CUCCUCAUAUAUAUGCACACGAGAGAGAGAGAGAGAGAGAGAUGCCAACGGCCGGCCACAUGAACACCGAAGGAAGCAGCAGCUGCAGCGGUGGAGGAGGAGAAGGUGGCGUCACGACCACCGACACCGAUGGCGCACAGUCAUCGAUCCCUACGUUCCCGCCGGCGGAGUCGUGGGUGUGGGCACAGAUAAAGGCGGAGGCGCACCGGGACGCGGAGGAGGAGCCGGCGCUGGCGAGCUUCCUGUACGCUACCGUGCUGUCCCACCCGUCGCUGCCGCGGUCGCUCGCCUUCCACCUCGCCAACCAGCUGUGCUCCCCAACCCUCCUCUCCACCCUCCUCUACGAUCUCUUCCUCCAUUCCUUCUCCUCCGCGCCGUCUCUCCUCUCCGAUACCGUCGCCGACCUCCUCGCCGCCCGCCAGCGCGACCCUGUCUGCCAUUCCUUCUCCCACUGCCUCCUCUACUUCAAGGGUUUCCUCGCUCUGCAGGCUCACCGCGCCGCUCACCUCCUCUGGGCCCAGGGCCGCCGCCCCCUUGCCCUCGUUCUCCAGUCCCGAGUCGCCGACGUCUUCGGAGUCGACAUCCACCCCGCCGCCCGCGUCGGCCGCGGCGUCCUCCUCGACCACGCCACCGGCAUCGUCGUCGGCGAAACCUCCAUCAUCGGCGAUAACGUCUCCAUCCUCCACCACGUCACCCUCGGCGGCACCGGAAAGGCCACCGGCGAUCGCCACCCCAAGAUCGGCGACGGGGUGCUCGUCGGCGCCGGGGCCACCAUCCUAGGGAACGUCAGGGUAGGGGAGGGGGCCAAGGUCGGGGCCGGCGCCGUCGUGCUUAUCGACGUGCCGCCGAAAACUACCGCCGUUGGGAACCCGGCAAGGCUCGUGGGGGGCACCGGCAGCCCAGCGGGCCACGAGGACCUGCCGGGGCUGAACUUGGAUCACAACUUGUGGUCCGACUACGUCAUCUGAUCGAUACUGAACGCCGCCAUUAACUCCAUGCAUCUGCACAUCUCGAUACAUGAUGAUGAUGGUGUUGGUGUAUGUUAAUUGGUACCAGGUGGUGUACGGUUCUUCCCAUUCUACCUCCCAUUUUCUCCUUCCCUCGUGCAUCUUCUUCUUCUUCUUCUUCUGUUGCUGCCACUGUUGCUUGUGCUUUGAAGAAUGUACCUCCAAGUUUCUGUUCAUUUAUUCGGGCUUGCUGUUUUGGUAAUAAGAUUGUUCAUGAUAUGGUA